GAGAUCCAUCUUCUCCUCUACGGUUUUCUCUUCCUCUUCACCUUUCCUCACUCUUUCCUCUUCCGGUCUUCCUCUUCCUCUCCUGCCCUGCCCUGCCCAGCCAAGCUCCAAUGGCUCUAAAAUAUCCCCUAUAGGCUAUACUCUACCACCCCUAUGCCCUAGAGCUGCCGCCGCGCCGCACCCUAGCGUUGCCGCUGCGCCGCACCCACCACAGAACCCCGCCGCCUCUCACGCGCGUCGUCGGUCGCCAUCGCCGUUCGUCCCCGUUCCGCCUCAUCGCGUCGCUGCUGUCUCAGCCCCGUCCUCAAUCUCGGCCAUUGGCGAGCUUCCGGUGAUUAGCUAAGCCCCGCUGACUCCCACAAAUUUCGGGUGUGCCGGUGCACACCCGGCGGCGCACCACCUAGAUCCGCCGCUAGGACUCUCUGGGUGAUGUUUCAGAUGAGGCUACUUGUGCUGGCUGCUGUGAGCAUCGUGUUUGCUAACCUGCAGUUCCUGAAAGCUCACGGGAGGGAGUUGCUUUUGAGCUGCGGCUCGAACGCGACUGUCGAUGCCGAUGGCCGGAGGUGGGUCGGCGACAUGGCCCCUGACCUGAAUUUCACUUUGAGCAGCCCGGGGAUCGCUGCUUUGCUGGCCGGGGGCAGCAAUGCCAGUGAAAUCUUCGGCCCGGUGUAUCGUUCUGCGCGUCUGUUUACCACAACAUCUUGGUAUGACUUCAGCGUGCUGCCAGGGAACUACUGUAUCAGGCUGCAUUUCUUCCCUUCCACAUUCGGGAAUUUCAGCGCAAACAGCUCCGUGUUUGAUGUUGUUGCAAAUGAUUUCAAGCUGGUCUCGAAAUUUAAUGUGUCGGAGGAGAUUCUUUGGAGAAGCUCCGUGAGCAAUUUGGCCGUCACUGCAAUCGUCAAGGAGUACUUUCUUGCAGUGAGCACCCAGCGCCUCCAGAUCGAGUUUGAUCCAAGCCGUGGGUCAUUUGCCUUUGUCAAUGCGAUUGAGGUGAUGCUCACUCCAGAUAAUUCCUUCAACGACACAGUGCACAAAGUUGGUGGUGGAGAUGGGUACCUUCCUCCUGGAUUAAGCAGCCGAGGUGUGGAGACUAUGUAUCGGCUGAAUAUUGGAGGGCCUGCACUUGCAUCUUCAAGUGAUCAGUAUCUUCAUAGACCAUGGUACACUGAUGAAGCAUUCAUGUUUUCUGCAAAUGCUGCUUUGACUGUGUCCAAUACUUCGGCCAUAAGGUAUCUCUCAAGCAAUGACUCCUCAAUUGCUCCAAUUGGUGUCUAUGAGACUGCAAGAAUCAUGAGCAAUAACAUGGUUGUUGACAAGCGGUUUAAUGUGACAUGGCGAUUCUUUGUCCAUCCCAACUUUGAUUACUUGGUCCGCCUUCACUUUUGCGAGCUUGUCUAUGACAAGCCCAGCCAGAGGAUCUUCAAGAUCUACAUCAACAACAAGACAGCUGCUGAGAACUACGAUGUGUAUGUCAGGGCCGGGGGUAUUAACAAGGCAUAUCAUGAGGACUAUUUUGACAGCUUGCCACAGCAGGUGGACUCGCUUUGGAUUCAGCUAGGCCCAGACUCCAUGACCAGCGCUUCAGGUACUGAUGCACUUCUGAAUGGUUUGGAGAUAUUCAAGCUCAGCAGGAAUGGUGAGCUUGAUUAUGUGCUUGGUCAUAUCGACAUGGGUAACCAGAGGGGGCCUUCCAAGGGUAAGAGGAAGAUAAAUAUAUGGGAAGAAGUUGGUAUUGGCUCAGCUUCUUUUGUGAUGCUGGCAAGUGUUGCUCUAUUCUCAUGGUGCUAUGUAAGAAGGAAACGGAAAGCUGCUGAGAAGGAGGCUCCUCCUGGUUGGCACCCUUUAGUCCUCCAUGAGGCUAUGAAAAGCACUACAGAUGCCCGGGCAUCCAGUAAAUCACCCUUGGCACGCAAUUCAUCUUCCAUUGGUCAUAGGAUGGGCAGACGAUUCAGCAUUUCGGAUAUUAGGUCUGCCACAAAGAACUUUGAUGAGACAUUGGUCAUUGGUUCUGGGGGUUUUGGUAAGGUUUACAAGGGUGAGGUCGAUGAGGGCACUACAGUGGCAAUCAAGCGUGCAAAUCCAUUAUGUGGCCAGGGCCUGAAAGAAUUUGAAACAGAGAUCGAGAUGCUCUCCAAGCUUAGGCACCGGCACCUUGUUGCAAUGAUUGGAUAUUGUGAAGAGCAGAAGGAGAUGAUACUGAUCUAUGAAUACAUGGCCAAGGGGACAUUGCGAAGCCAUCUCUAUGGAAGUGACCUCCCACCUUUGACAUGGAAGCAACGGCUUGAUGCCUGCAUUGGUGCGGCCCGUGGGCUUCACUAUCUGCACACUGGGGCAGACCGAGGUAUAAUCCAUAGAGACGUAAAGACAACUAACAUCCUGUUAGAUAAGAACUUUGUUGCAAAAAUAGCAGACUUUGGGUUGUCGAAAACUGGACCAACACUGGACCAGACACAUGUUAGUACAGCAAUCAGGGGAAGCUUCGGGUACCUUGAUCCUGAGUACUUCCGGAGGCAGCAAUUGACACAAAAAUCCGAUGUGUACUCUUUUGGAGUGGUGCUCUUUGAAGUUGCUUGUGCCAGGCCGGUGAUAGACCCCACAUUGCCAAAGGAUCAAAUAAACUUGGCAGAAUGGGCGAUGAGAUGGCAGCGCCAGCGUUCCCUGGAAGCAAUAAUGGAUCCACGACUGGAUGGUGAUUACUCACCAGAAUCCUUGAAGAAGUUUGGUGAUAUUGCGGAGAAGUGUCUCGCCGAUGAUGGGAGAACCAGACCAUCAAUGGGUGAGGUCUUGUGGCACCUAGAGUAUGUACUGCAGCUCCAUGAAGCGUACAAACGCAAUUUGGAUUGUGAAUCAUUUGGAAGCAGUGAACUAGGAUUUGCCGAUAUGUCUUUUAGCAUGCCUCACAUCAGAGAGGGAGAAGAGGAGCGUCAGUCAAAGCAAUCAGGCAUCAGAGAAGAUUCAGACACUUGAGGUUUUUUCUGACAUCCGGUAACUCACUAAACAAUCUUGAUUGUAUCGUAGCUGUGGUCCUGAUGUGAAAUUGUGAUAUAUGGUUGGCUUAGGUUCUUCUUACUCUUUUGGGCAUUGUCCUGCUCGACAAGUGUAGAAUAAUAGGACUUUUGUAGAUUACCCAACAAACAAACAAAAAAAGAAGAACUUGGACGCUUCAAGUUUUUCGUUGACGUCCUGUUGUAUCAUGUGAUUUAUUUAAACUGAUGGGAUUUCAUGUAGUUCUGCUGGUGUGACCUGUAUAAAUCUUACUAAUAAUACAAUUCCAUUAUCCAACUUA